UCUGUUCUGUUGUAGCCACAUCAUGGAGCAUUUAGAAGGGGUGAUUGAACAGCCAGAGUCGGACAUGACGCCUCAAGAGCUGCAGCUUCACUAUUUCAAGAUGCACGACUACGAUGGCAACAAUCUGCUGGAUGGACUCGAGCUCGCCACUGCCAUUACUCAUGUUCAUAGAGAGGAAGGAGGAGAUGAUAGCCAGCCAAUGAAAGAAGAGGAUCUCAUCAACCUCAUUGAUGACGUCCUCCGAGACGAUGACAAAAACAAUGAUGGCUACAUCGACUACGCAGAGUUUGCCAGGUCUCUGGAGUGAAAGACGAGAGGAAGCGCCGCUGC